AUCUCCGAGGAGACACUGCUACUGGGAGAUGGCCACUCGUUUGAGGGUGAGCAUUUAGCGGGCUGCGUUUCAGAUAACGCAAUGUCAAAUCGCGAGGGAUGGAGGUUUUAUUUGGAUACGCAAAGAAUGGGGAGGUAUCGAUGUAGUUGUGCACACUACGUUGCAAUGUAAUGGUAAUCACCUACCAGCACAAUAAGAAAUGUACAGUUAUCGGGGGCUCAGGGUUUUUGGGUCAACAUUUGGUGAAGAAGCUUCUGGAAAAAGGCUACAUAGUUAAUAUAUUGGAUGUUCGAAAACCUUUUGAGAAUGAAGGAAUUCAGUUCUUCAGUGCAGAUCUGUGCUGCAAAGAGGAUAUACUACCAGCAGUUGAGGGUGUGAGCAUCGUGUUUCACUGUGCUUCUCCAGCACCUUCUAGUGACAACAGAGAACUCUUCUAUAAAGUUAAUUACAUGGGGACUAAAACAAUCAUUGAAGCAUGUAAAGAAGCAGGUGUUCAGAAACUGGUGCUGACUAGUAGUGCUAGUGUCGUAUUUGAAGGAUCAGACCUAAAAAAUGGUUCAGAAGACCUGCCAUAUGCUAAGAAGCCCAUUGACUACUAUUCACAAACUAAGAUCUUGCAGGAAAUGGAAGUUCUUGGUGCUAAUAAUCCAGAACAGAACUUCAUGACAAUUGCAAUUCGCCCUCAUGGCAUUUUUGGACCUCAAGACCCACAUUUAGUACCUGUCCUUGUACAGGCUGCCAAGUGUGGCAAGAUGAAGUUUGUAAUUGGAAAUGGCAAGAACCUGGUGGACUUUACGUAUGUUGAUAAUGUUGUGCAUGGGUUGAUCCUAGCAGCAGAAAGUCUUCACCCAAAGUCCCAUAUCUGUGGAAAGGCCUACCAUAUCACAAAUGAUGAACCAAUUCCCUUUUGGACAUUCUUGUCUGAAAUUUUAGUUGGACUAAAUUAUGAUCCUCCAAAGUAUCACAUUCCGUAUCUGCUGGCUUAUUAUUUAGCCUUUUUCCUGUCAAUUUUGGUGUUGCUAUUAAAGCCAAUUGUGACCAUUAAACCUACAUUCACUCCCAUGCGAGUAGCAUUAGCUGGAACAUUCCACUACUACAGUUGUGAAAGAGCAAAGAAAGAUCUAGGAUAUAAACCUGUUGUUUCUCUGACUGAAGGAAUCAAGUAUACAAUUCAAAGUUUCACGUACCUCACUAGAUCAAAAUAGCAACAGUUUGAAUUAAACCAUUAUUUAUUGUACUUAUGUUUUUCAAUCUGAUAGCACAUGGAUUUGAAUAUCAAGAUUGAUUACUACUCUUAAUUCUUUUAAGAUUGAAAUGUUUACUCAUUCUUCACUGGGUUGCAAAUCAUGUUUCCAUGCAAAACCUAAAUACUGAUUUUUGACAUCCCAGAAAGGGAUGUCUAUCUUUUUCAUUGGUAUUGUUUUCUAUGCUCUAUUAGAUAAACAAAUAUAAAUCUCCUUUUCCUGUGAAUACUCUAGAUAGACAAUACUGGUAACCAGAAAGCCUUGAGUGAAAAAUAAUGUGUGCACUAUGUAUUUUGAUAACUUUUGGGGAUCAUUCAAGCUGUUUAAUGCAAAUUAACAAAUAAUUCAACUUGAGCUUGAAAGACAUAUGUUUUCAUGUAUGUCAAGUUUCAGACAUAGUUUCUAAGUUCAUGGAUAUAAAAUGUUUGGCAUUUGCUUGACGUUUUCAAGUUUUUUUUAAUGUUGAAAAUGAUCCCAAGGUUGUAGCUCUGGAGCUUUAUACAGCGUUUGUUUUUCAAGGAUACAAAUGUUCAGCCUCUUGUAUUGCACACUGUGCAAUUUUUGUUUCAAUUGGUAUGUUUUUU